GAUGUCUCGGUACCAUGACCUGGCCGAUUUCCAGUCACCUUUGUCCCUUCACAUGCAUCCAUCCCAUACCUUCAUGUUCUUUUCGCUCCCAACUCCGAGUUUCGCCUUGGUGUCUUCUCUCUUGCCCAGGUUCAAGCUCCUCACCGCAUCAUGGACCCGGUCCAGCACACAGCGGCACCAGGGCCGCCCGGCGGAGACGUCGAGAAGGACCAGGAAAAAGCAGUCCACGACCUGACAAGCGAGCUCGGAUCUCCGGACGACAUCCAAGUCCAACCCGGCGUCCAAAGAGUCGAAGCCAUCGCUACCGUCUGGUCCCUUGCCUCUCUGAUAGCCGCCUACAUCCUCAUCUGGAUCGUCUACUUUGUCAUGCUCAUGACGCAGGCCUCCUCCAACGCACUCAUUCCCUUCGUGACAUCGGCCUUUCAGUCUCAUUCUCUGACGCCGACGGUUACCAUCCUCAGCAGCGUCUUCGGCGGGGUGUGUAAUCUUACCGUCGCCAAGAUCCUCGACAUCUCCGGACGCCCGCAAGGUUACGCGCUCAGCCUCUUCAUCACGACGAUCGGGCUUGUCAUGAUGGCGGCGACGACGAAAGUGGAAAUGUACGCCGCCGCACAGGUGUUCUGGCAGGUCGGCAACAACGCCCUUCUCUACAGCGUCAACAUCUUGGUCGCGGAUACGACUGGCCUGCGCAACCGUGGGCUGAUGACGGCGUUGACAGCCUCGCCGAACAUCAUCACUACGUGGCUGGGGGGUCCCAUCUCGGAAGCUUUCCUCAAAGGCCCUGGCUGGCAGUGGUGCUUUGGAACCCUGUCAAUCAUUGUCCCCGUCCUAUGCUCCCCCCUGUUUGUCCUCCUCAUGUGGAACUACCGCAAGGCCAAGGAGCAGGGCAUCGUCAGGGCCGAAAAGAGCUCCAAGGGCAUUGGAGAAACAGUCCUCUACUACGCCCGCGAGUUUGACGCCGUCGGCCUCCUUCUGCUGUCCGCCGGCCUUGCUCUGUUCCUCUUACCGUUCAACCUCUAUACGCUACAGCCCCUGGGUUGGAAGUCCCCGCUCAUCAUCUCUCUCCUGGUCCUUGGCAUCGCCCUCAUUAUCGCGUUCGCCCUGUGGGAACAAUUUUUUGCGCCUGUCACGUUUAUCCCUUUCUCUCUGCUAGUCGAUCGCAACAUGGUCGGCGCGUGCAUCCUCGGAACCGUUCUCUUCAUCAGCUACUUCUGCUGGUUCAGCCUCUUUAGCUCCUUUCUCCAGGUUGUCAAUGACCUGACCGUCACCGAGGCCAGUUACGUUGUGCAGAUCUACGGCCUCGGCGGCAGCCUAUCUGCCAUCGCUACUGGCGUCGCUAUACGAUAUACCGGGCGUUACAAGACCGUCACGCUUGGAGCUAUACCAAUCUAUGUCCUCUUCAUGGGCCUCAUGAUUUACUUUCGUCAUUCAGACAUGAGCAUCGGCUACAUCAUCAUGUGCCAGAUCUUCCUCUCUUUCGCGUCAGGGGUCAUUAUGAUCACCCCCCAAAUUGCGGCCAUGUCCGCCGUGACUCAUCAGCACAUUGCUGCCGUCAUGGCCAUUCUGUCCAUGUUCUCGUCUAUCGGCGGCGCAAUAGGUGCAACGGUUGCCGGUGCAAUCUGGCAGUCCGUCUUCCCGGCCAAGCUUGUCGAAUACCUGCCGGUAGAAGAGCAGGCGAACCUUCUCAGCAUUGUCGGCAUGCUCGAGGUCCAGCUCAGCUACCCUGUUGGAACACCCGCCCGGAUUGCGAUUCAACGUGCCUACUCUGAUGCACAGGCAAUGAUGUUGACUGCCGGCACGGCUAUCUGGGUUGUGGGUUUUGCUGCAGUGGCCAUCUGGAGGAACACCGACGUUCGGGACACGAAGCAGGUCAAGGGGCAUGUUAUUUAGACCGUUCUGGGCUGUAUUAAACCGUAUCCUUUAAUCAACUCACAACUCCACCACUGAAGCCUGACGCCCAACUUUGCCACAGACACCUCCCUCUGUGGACGGCGUCGGGUCGCGAUCGCAAUAUCACGGAGCCCAAGAUUACAAAUUGCAAGGUGGCAAGCAAACACCAGGCGGGAAGGGGCAAAGCUAAACGCGCUCAUUAAUCCAAACACUGACUUGUAUUCAACAUUGGCUUCCCGCGGCCCCUUGACCAUUGACCUCUACGAAUCAAGGUCUUGGCUGGUGAGAAGCACUCCUUCCAACAGCCUGCCCAAAUGGGUCUUCUCUAUAUCCCGACCCGAUCGCAGGACCUGCGUCAUCAAUACCUUCAAGAACCGAACGGGACUUUCCCUGAAUAUGCUAGACGCGUCGCGACCUGGAGGGUGAUCCUCUGGCUCGAUGAACCCGUCUGGUCCGACCCGCCGCCCCCCGGACGUUGCCUCGUGUGCCAAGCACAAAAAGUCGCAGACACUCACAUACUGGUCGUAGGAGUCGAAGUAGUGUUGUCCGGAAAACAGCAUGAGUUCAAUCCUGAUACGCACCGGGAUUGGGUGAAAGGGCACGGGGGCGGACGGUAUCGUGUACAAAUCCAAGUUGUCGAGUGGUCUGAGUACCUGGUUCGUCCGUGGGGCGAAAAGGUGCAGCGUCACUGCUUUCGACGCCCCAAUCUCCGUCAUCAGCUCGUUGGCCUCGAAUGGGCUGAGAAUGACAAAGGUCGUCUUGCGGUCGCUGAGAACCCAUUGCACGGGCCGGACGUAGCUGUCCAUGCAGAAUCCGGCAGCUGGUGUUGGAAUGACGGUUCUCUCAAAGUCUUUGGUGACCAGCAGUGCUUGAGGGAAGUGGUCGAGAUCUAGGUGCGCCGAUGCACUUGUUCGCCUGAAGACAUCAAAAGCCAAUGCAAAGGCCUCGUCUCUUGUUCCUUCAUCGAUAAUACCGGUCUGGACGAACUUGCGCACGGCGUUAUGGACAGCAUGCUUUGCGGGGUUAGCAGG